AUGCUGGACAAACUACCCAACGAGGUCCUUCAUCUGGUCUUCGAGCAUCUUGCAACUUCACCAGAUUUUGUCCAUGAUGACGAUGAGGAGCAAACCAACUACCAUCUCAGCAAUUGGAAAACACUGGUUCAGCUUUGCAAGGUCUCGCGGCAGAUGAGAAGGGUUGCAGAGCCUCUUCUUUAUCGCCAUUAUGCUAAGCCGGACUCCACCCAAGUUCUUCGGGGUCAUCACCUGUUUCGAAGGUUUCUUGAUACUGUGCUUAAUCGGCCGGAGCUUCUGCAGUACAUUCGCUGUUUGUACAUUGGUGCUUGGUCAUAUAAGCCUGGAGAAUAUGACCAAUAUGAGGCCUCUAACGAGCCAAACCGCUAUCUGACAUUUCCUGAUGAGUUAUGCGCUACAUACAACGAUUAUGCAGGAAAAUCAGCACUUGGCGACGUCUGGAAGGAGGCACUUCUUGCUGGCGAGGAAGCCGCAGAGAUUGCUUUGCUGAUGAGUCUCACACCGAAUUUGGAGCACAUCGAAUUCUGCAUGCCAGAUCUAAGUCUGCUCGAGAAUAUUGCUCCUCAAUACUUCUGGCCCAGCUUGCUUAUUCCUUCAGCCAAAUGGGAUCCAGCUCAUCAUUUCCACCGGCUAGACUCUGUGAUGAUACACAAAAGACACCUGGAAACUGGUAUGCCAGCAUCCGAUGAGUAUGGAUUUGAGGUUGAUCCGUUGCUGCUUUUCAUCGGACUGCCAAAGCUAAAAGUGUUCUGGGUAGAGGAUGACAACGUUGGCGCAUAUCAAGUGCUCCCGGAAGAUUAUCCUCUCAGUGACAAAGUUUCACACUUGACUGACCUGACGCUCGGACUUUCAUGUAUUCACCCGAUGAAGCUAAUACAGAUCCUCAAGCGCUGUACCAAGCUAGAAGCAUUUGAUUUCGACUUCCAGCCAGAACUGGAGUUCGUUCCAGGUUUCUCAUGGAAUACCAUUGGGGAGGCUUUGAGAAGUAGUUGCGACACUCUCGAGGAGCUCACAUUGAGUGCUGAUAUGAGGUCUCAGCUCGCAACGGAGCAAGAAGAUGGCUCAGAAGGAACUUGUGUAUCAAUCGGAUCUCUUCGAAACUUUACUUCGCUGAGAAAGCUGGAUGUUUUACAGACCACACUUCUAGGAUUUGAGAAUAUGCUUGACGACAUCAAUCUGGUCGUACCUGCACUGCCCUUCGCUGAGAUGUUGCCGAGCAGUCUUGAGAGCCUCACCAUCGAUUUAUGUACUCUUACGAUUGUACCGUACCUAGAAGACAUGUCGACCGUGCUCAAAGAACAAUUUCCAAACCUCAAAGAGAUACGUCUUAGUAACGUUGACCUCAGAGAAUGGGAUCCAAUGGAUGAUCUUUCGGAGGCUGAGCGCGAGGCUGUUAUUGAAAGCCGCAAAGAUCGCGUGAAGCGUCUGAAGGAGGAUUUUGUCAAGGCAGGUGUCCAGUGGCUAUGA